GACUUCCGGCGCUUCCGUGUCGUGUCGGCCAUUUGUGUUUUACCGGGUUUGUUCAUCCGGUAAUGGAGUCGUGAGUCCUGACUCGGGGCCAAAGGGAAUGGAAAGUAGGAGAGGAGACCUUGUCCCCGCUAUGCGGAGGCGGCUGUGAGGCCCGAUAGAACCGGUGGGGACGCGGCGGCCCUGCUCCCGGCCCCGCCCGUCCGCUGGUUGGUGGCGGAGGCCGCGCUGAUGGCGUCGCCUGAGGGCUGUGUGGUCUUUGAGGAUGUGGCCAUUUAUUUCUCCCAGGAGGAGUGGGACCUCCUUGAUGAGCCUCAGAGAUGCCUGUACCAUCAUGUGAUGCUGGAGAUUGUUACACAUUUCUCAUCCAUAGGUUGUUGGCAUGGAGCCCAGGAUCAAGAGGCACCUUUUGAGCAAGGUUUUUCUGUGGGAAUGUCACAAGUCAGCGCUCCAGAGCCAGGUUCAUCCACCCAGAAGACCCAGCCGUGUCAUAGGUGCAGCUCACUCUUGAAAGAGAUUUUGCAUCUGGCUGAGCAUGAUGGGAUACACCCUGAUCAAGGGCAGUACACUUAUGGGACAAGCCUGCACCAGCAUCCAAAGCAGCAGACCGGAGAUAAACUUUCCAUAAAGGACAGCAGGAACAUUUCCCUUGUCAUGGACAAUGGAGUUCACAUGACAGAGAGGACAUUGGCAUGCACUGAAGGUGGGAAAUGCUUCCCAACCAGCCCAGUCCUUCUCCAGCUCCCAGCCCCUCACAGUGAGGGGAAGCCACCCAGGGACACUGAGCGCGAGGAGCCCUUUGAAAGUGGACAAAAUGAUUACAAGUGCACUCAGUGUGGGAAAGCCUUUAGCCGUAAACAAAUACUUGUGAAGCACCAGAAAGUCCACACUGCAGAUGGACCUUAUGAGUGCAGCAAAAGUAGAACAUUGUUUAGGCACAACUCUGACCUCAGUAAACAGCAGAAAAAUCACACUAAAGAAAAGGGUUUUAAGUGUAGCCAGUGUGGGAAAUUAUUUAGGUACAACUACAAACUCAUUAAACAUCAGAGAAUUCACUCUAGGGAAAGGCCUUCUAAGUGCCCAGAAUGUGGGAAAGUCUUUAUAUACAACUCCAGUCUCAUUAAACAUCAGAUAAUUCAUGCUGGAGAAAGGCCUUAUGAGUGCAGUGAAUGCGGGAAAGUAUUUAUAUGCAAUUCCAGUCUCAUUAGGCACCGGACAGUUCAUACUAGAGAACGCCCUUAUGAGUGCAGAGAAUGCGGGAAAGUCUUUACAUACAACUCCAAUCUCAAUAAGCAUCAGGUAAUUCACAGUAGAGAAAAGCCUUAUGAGUGCAGAGAAUGCGGGAAAGUCUUUACAUACAACUCCAGUCUCCUUAAACAUCAGAUAAUUCACAGUAGAGAAAAGCGUUAUGAGUGCAGAGAUUGUGGGAGAGUCUUUAUCUACAACUCCAGUCUCCUUAAACAUCAGAUAAUUCACACUGGAGAAAGGCCUUUUGAGUGCAGAGAAUGUGGUAAAGUCUUUAUAUACAACUCCAGUCUCAUUAAACAUCAGAUAAUUCAUACUGGAAAAACGCCUCAUCAGUGCAGAGAAUGCAAGAAAGUUUUUACAGACAAGUCCAAUCUCAUUAAUCAUCGGAGAAUUCACUCUAGAGAAAGGUCUUAUGAGUGCAGAGAAUGCGGAAGAGGCUUUACAUACAACUCCAAUCUCAUUAAACAUCAGAGAAUUCACACUGGAGAUAAGCCUAAUGAUUGUAGUGAGUGUGGGAAAGUCUUUACAGAGAACUCCAGUCUCAUUAAACAUCAGAGAAUUCACACCAGGCGAAGGUCUUAUGAGUGCAGAGACUGCGGAAAAAUCUUUACAUGCAACUCCAGUCUCAUUAAACAUCAGAGAAUUCACAUUCAAGAAAGGCCUUGUGAGUGCAGAGAAUGUGGGAAAGUCUUUACAUGCAAUUCCAGUCUUGUUAAACAUCAGAGAAUUCACACUCGAGAAAGGCAUGAGUGCAGUGAAUGUGGCAAAGUCUUUAAAUACAACUCCAAUCUGAUUAAACAUCGGAGAAUUCACACUGGAGAAAUGCCUUACGAGUGCAGUGAAUGUGGAAAAGUCUUUACAGACAACUGCAGUCUCAUUAACCAUCAGAGAAUUCACACUGGGGAAAGAUAUUAUGGAUGCAGUGAAUGUGGCAAAGUCUUUACAUACAAAUCCAAUCUCGUUACACAUUGCAGAAUUCAUACUGGAGAAAAGCCUUAUGCAUGCACUGAAUGUGGGAAGACCUUCAUUAGAAAGUUCCAGCUCCUUCAGCAUCAGACAGUCCACACUGGAGAACGGCCUUAUGAGUGCAGUGAAUGUGGUAAAGCCUUCCACAGCAAUAUUACACUUGUUAGGCAUCAGAAAACCCACACUGCAGAAAAGUCUUACGAGUGUCGGGAAUGUGGGAUAUUCUUUACAUGCAACUACUACCUGAUUAAACAUCGGAGAGUUCACAGUGGAGAAAAGCCUUAUAAGUGCAGUGAAUGUGGGAAGGCCUUCUUCUUCAAAUGUAUGCUUCUUGAGCAUGAGAAAAUCCACUCUGGAGAAAGGCCUUAUCACUGCAGUGUAUGUGGAAAGGCCUUUCUUAGAAAGCUUCAACUUGUGUAUCACCAGAGAAUGCACACCGGAGAAAGGCCUUAUGAGUGCAGUGAAUGUGGGAAAUCCUAUAGCUUUAACUCCAGUCUCAGUAAACAUCGGAAAAUUCACGCUGGAGAAAGGCCUUAUGUGUGUUGUGAAUGUGGGAAAGCUUUCAUUCUCAAGUAUAAACUUGUUGAGCACCAGAAAAUCCACAGUAAAUAAAAGCCUUAUGGGUGCAGUGAAUGUGGCAAUGCCAGUCUCAUUAAAGAUAGGAGUUUUGCUGGAGUAAGGCCUUAUGGGUGCCGCAAGUGUGAACAAUUUUUUAGGGACAGCUCAAACCUCAGUAUACAUCAGAGAGGUCACCCUGGAGAAACGCCUUGGUAGUUUAACUUGUGGAAAGUUCUUGAGAUGCAGCUCCACGCUUGUAAGCAUUGGAGACUUCACAAUGGAAAAGAACUGAGUUUGCUUCCACUGUUUGGCUAUUGUGCAUAAUACUACGAAUAUGAGUGUAGCAAUAUCUCUUUGAGACUCUGCUUUCAGUUCUUUAAAAGUACAUCCCCAGAAAUGGAAUUGCUGGUUCAUGUGGUAAUUGAAUUUUUAGUAUUUUUGUGCAACUGUUUUCCAUAGUAGCUGUACUAUUUUAUAUUCCCACCAGCAGUGCACAGGGAUUCACUUUCUCCACAUCCUUGCCAAAACUUCUUAGUUUUGUUUUUUUGAUACUAGCUAUCCUAAUGUGUGUGUGGUGAUGUCUCAUUGUGGUUUAGAUUUGCAUUUUCCUCAUAGUUGGUGAUGUUGAGCAUCUUUCUAUGUUCUUGUUUCCCAUUUCUGUAUCAGUUUUGGAGAAAUGCCUGUUCAAAUCUGUUGCCUAUUUUUAAGUUAAAUUGUUUUGUUGCUUACCUUUAGGAGUCCUUGUUUAUGUUGUCCCCUUAGAUCCAUGAUUUGCAAAUAUUUUCUCACUCUGUGUGUUGACUUUCACUCUGUUGGUUUUAUCCUUUAAUGUACAAAAGAUUUUUCUUUUGAUAUAGUCCAAUUUAUCUGUUUUUGCUUUUGUUGUAUGUACUUUUGGUGUCAUAUUCAAGAAAUCAUUGCCAUUGGGAAUGGUGUGUUUAGUUUUUCUUUUUGUUUUUUCUUUAGAGGAAAGGAUGGAAGAAUGAAAAAAAACAGGAAUUGAAAGAUGAGGAGAUAGAAGAAAAAGGAAAUAAAGUAAGGGCAGAUAAUAUGAUACAGAAGGAACAGAGGAGAAUAUUUGAUUUUUAUGACUACAUGUUAUGUGACAUGUGUUGUGUUGGGGGCUCUCACAAGCAACAUCUCAUGAAAUUCUCAAACCAGUUGGCUCAUUUGAGGAAAGUCAAUAGGGAGUAUGAUAUAGGAAAUGGAAAGAGAAUAGUGUUAGAGAUCUGGGAACCAAUCUCAGAUUUUAAUCUCUGGUAGUAGUUUUUAAUUCCAUAGUGCAACAUAUAUUGGGUGAAUAAUUGAUAGUAUAUCUAAAUUUAAUGCUUUCUUUUCCAUAAAACUCAUGACAAUUUAGAUAGAGUUGCAGGAUUGAGAGAAAACAUUUAAAAUAUCUAUAUUUGCUCAGUAUUAGACAAGAUGUAGAUUCUUAUUUCAGAAUAUGUUGUCAGAGGCCCUGCAAAUGAACCAAAGUAUGAGCAUAUCAUCACCUGUAGAGGAAAACCACAUGGCUAUCAAGGCUAUGAACUUAUGUUCAGACUCAUUGGUAUUAAAGAAAAACAAGUUAAAUGUAAGCGUAUUAUGCCAAGUCCUUCUAAUUACUAAACUUUGGGAAGCAGGUGUGAUGUGAUGUGGAAGCAAUCAUGUGUACCUCACAGGAGGGUCUAGGACUGCAGUGAUGAUGUAUGUUUUAUUUUUCUUUGUUAAAUACCUGGGAACAGAAUGGCAGGUUCAUAGAGUUGGUGAAUAAUUAACAUUUUUAAAAUUAAACUUUAUUUUUUGAGCAGG